AUGCAAAAGGCGUUUCCGAAUUUUGUUUUAGUUAUCAAUAAAGCCGAUGUUAUUGGUGUAAAGGUUUCGAGAAACCAUACAGUAAUAUUUAUUGAGGUAUCCGGUGGCCCUAAUAAUCCACAGGAAAAAUAUAUAAAAGAUGAUGCGGAGAAACUUUUAAAGGAAACCACAUUCGGAUUGGUAUCAAUACUUAAGCAUUACUUAGAUAAAUCCUAUUUCCAAGUGUUUACAGAUAUGUUGCAAUUAUCCACUUUGAAACGUAGACUUAAAACUCUUUUAAAUGAAUUUGAAAGAGCGAGAAAAAUUUGGGAUGAACUUAAUGAUUACGGACUUACUUUUGCUAAUUCUCUUAUUUUACAAUAUUCAAAGAUGAAAAUGCAAAUCAUGCAAAUGGAAUUUCUUCUUGAAGAAGCUUGUGAAAGUUUAGGAGAUGAAUUUGUAUAUAAUACUCCAUUAUAUUUGACAUGUACUUUGGAAGUAUUUGUUCAUAAUGCAAUAAAUAUUUUUAGUAUGUUUACUAAAGAAAUUGAUUUGAAAUUAAAAAUUGGUAAUUCAAUUCAACAAACUAUUAUUAAUAUAGAAUAUGACCAAAUAAUAGUAUUAUUAUCAACUUGGUUAAAUCAACCAUAUGUUGAUAAUGAUAAAAUAAAAGAAUUUGAAAAUAUUUGUGAAAUUGAAUUAAUUGAAUGA